AUGUCAGCCCCAUCUACCACCCCGCCCGACUAUAAAUUCAAGACCUCCCUGCCAGCCAACUCUUCCUCGCCGCUGGACAAGCAACAGUCCCUGCUCACGAAUUCCAUUCUCGACCUUUUCGCAGGCUAUCCGACGAAGCGCAAACUCGCCCUGUGGGCCGACGAUGCCAGCUUUCAUGACCCGUUAACCAUAGCUGAGGGUCGCAAGCAAUAUGAAGCACAGUUCUAUGGAUUAAAGGCCUCUAUGAGCGAGAUUCACCAGCAGCAUUUCGACAUUGUAAAGGGCGGCAAUCCAAUCGAACUAAGCCUCAAGACGCUGUACAAGGUCAAGGGUGUUGGCAAGGAACAACUCGUCGACUCUAGAAUCCUGAUCCAUCUGACUCCGGAUGGUCAGAGGAUUUCAAAGGUCGAGGAUCAGUGGAACGGCGAUGUGCCUCCCGAUGGAGCUUUUGCCAAGGCUUUGAGAAACUUAAACAGCGUCACUGUCCCAGUCUUUGUCUCGGUCCCAAAAUCAAUUGAAGAAGAGGAAGCUGCUGAGCGGAGGUAG